AGGUAGGGUAUGUGGAAUAGUGCUCGAGCGCGUACAUACGUCAGUAGCACGGUAAGAGACACGACGUUAACUCCAUACCGACUGGUGUUGCCGAAAAAAAAGAGAGGAAAAGACAAAAGAAGCCUGCGACUCGAAAGAAGUCUUCCGAGGGUGUACCAUGCCAAAGGAGAACGGGAAUUAGGACGACAAAAGCAGUCAACACCGACCUGGAACUGUCAUGGAACGGCUUUCGAGAGUGGCAUGUUAUUUUCGAUGGAUGAAAAACGCGUCACCUCGUGAUGAAAACGAGGUGACCGUAGAGGACGAUGGCAAAACUGUCGAGGUUGAACAAUAUCGGAAUGUUGGAUGCAAUAUCGAAGCCUCGAGGCGACUCUGUAGCAUUUUGGAGAGUAUCCUUCUUUGGGAGAACUCCGUGAACAGUAUCUCCGUCGUCAUCGUAUUCAACAUACUGUUUUGGGGAAGUGUUGUACUUGAGGUACGUGGCUUUGCUGCAGCCAGCAGUGCUGCGCUGGUCAUAGUCCUCUGUUACACUACCUUUGAAGCCCAACUUCAAAAAGAGAUUAAAGCAUCAGACCCAGCUACGUUCUAUGCAAAAACAGAAUAUAUUGAAAAGGCAGGGGCAAGGGUGAAAUCAGCAAUUCAUAGUUUAAAGCAGUUGAGGAGAGAUCAACCAAGAGUGUUUUGCACUGCUGUAUGUUCUCUUUCUUUGGGCCUGUGGAUUAUUGGUCGCACCAUAAAUGGUGUAAUUUUUGCAUAUAUGAUAUGCAUGAGCAUUCUGCUUGGUCCUGCAUUGUUAUUAAAGCUACCCAGUAAGAUGAUAUUACAUAAAGAAUGGGAUAGUGAAAUUGAAGAAUUUUUACCAGCAGUAACUGAAGACAAUCUUCAGGUUCUUACAAGAGCAGGAGAAUCAGGGGAUCAAUCUCCAACACCAACAAGUGUGAUAUCCGAUGCUCAAAAUGAAUUCUUUAACGACGAAGACCUUGUAGGUCUAAAAAUGCCAUCGCACGAAGAAGGAAGCAUUGACGGUGUAGAGGUUUCUGAAUUAGAACUUAGUGCUGAAGAAACUGAUGUGGAUGGUAUUAAAUUUCAAAGUGGUCAUUUUGAGAAAGGAUCAUCUUCUGAAGAAGAAGCAGAACUUGAACCUAUAUCAAGAAAAUUAAUUAGCCAUAGUGAUGAAAGUGGUAGUGAAUUUGAAAUAAUUGAUAGUCAAGAAAUUGAUGAAUUAAACAUUGCAUGAGAGUUGCAGACAUGUGAACUGUGAAGUUAUUAUUAUGCAGAAUAGAAUUAAAAGCAACUGAUAAUUUUAUAUACACUUUAAUUGGGCAAUGAUUCAAGUAAAACAAUUAUUUUGCAUACAUUUUAGUUACCUGCUUCAAUUUACUAUGUGAAUAUUUCUGCGAACUUGUAUAUUAAAAUUUUUAAUAAGUAUCGCCAGAGAAACGUAUUUGAUUUUAAUGAUUAAACUGUGUCAAUUAUUUUAUUAGAUUCUUAAUUGCUUUGAAAAUUUUUUUGAUUAGGUAGAACUAAAAAUUUUUGGUUAUAUGCGAAUGAUAGCUUCUCAGUAGUUACUUACCUUGGUGUAUACUUAUAUUAAAGUAUACUUACAAAGUUGUACAUAUUAUACGCGGAAAUUGAAAUCUACCACACUAAUUUUUAUUUUUUGGAGAUAUACAGACGAAUUAAGUAUAUCUGUAGUAUGUGUAUGAAAUUUUUGAUGUAUAUAAAAGUUCGAUUACCAUAAAAAAAUUUUGAAAAAGAGAUCGAUUAAAUAAGUAACUUUUGUCAAUUUAAAUGUCACUCACUUUGACCUUCAUGGACGAAAAUGGUUAUGUGCGAGUGUGUAUAGGUUUCAUCGUGCAAUUAGAAUGGUCUAUAUUUUGAAUAUAAUCGAAUUGUUUCUUUAUACAGUGGGUAAUUUGCAAGAAAUUUGAAUUUAUAGAUAAAAAUUGGCCCUGUGCAUAUAAUAUAUACAGAGUAUGACAAAACAAUUGGACAAGUCGAAACGUAAAAAUUUCUCUCGCGAAAAGAAAUUAAGAAAUUUUUUUAUCAUUUUACAAUCUGAGGCUUUAUAUUUUAAUGAUAUAAGCAUUUGAAGUUUACAUAUAAAGUUUGCAUAAUGAUAAAAGACUUUCCAAUCUCUGUUUGCACGAGAAAUUUGUAUAUUUCGGUUUGUCCUAUCGUUUUGAAAAAAUUGGUUAUGCUAGUUUCAAAUAAUACUUUAAAGAAAAUGAAUCAGGAGGUAGUACUACUUAAAAACCGAUUAAAAAGCUUUUGCUGUAAAAUUAUUAUUAAAAAUGAUACCAUUUAUGUAAACAUAAUUUCAUUAUUGAUAUACACAUACAAGAAUUUAUGUUAAAUUUCGAGACAACAUUAAAUCGGUUUUAUCCAGAUUUUGCAAAAAUUUGAUGACUUCACAUUAUAUGUAAUAACUUAUUUUAAUACAAAGUACAAAAAUGAGCUUUAAUGUGUAUGAAUAAUUAAAAACAAAAUUAUUAAGCGAUUAUUGAAAAGGUGUGUGUUUUAAGAGACAAAUGUAAUGUUCAGCUUAAUCUGUUUCAAAAUACCAGAAUAAUUAU